GCGUAAUAUUGCGAGACUGUCCUCUAUUACGCGGGCUCUAUAAAUAGAUGGAACAAGCAAGUUGAAUAGACAGUCUACAGUUCAAUCUCGCUGCUGUUCCUUCGGAGACUACAAUCUCGAGAUUUCAAAAUGCCUAUUGAUCUUUACCAACUUCCCGGAAGUGCGCCGUGUCGUGCCGUGCGUUUGGCGGCGGCAGCGGUAGGAGUGGAUCUAAACUUGAAAAUCACUAAUCUUAUGACCGGUGAUCAUAUGAAACCCGAAUUUCUUAAGAUGAACCCACAACAUACAAUACCUACACUAGAUGACAAUGGUCUUUAUUUGUGGGAAAGCCGUGCAAUCAUGACGUAUUUGGCCAAUCAGUACGGCAAAAAUGAUUCUCUCUAUCCAAAAGAUCCAAAGAAACGAGCUUUGGUUGAUCAGAGGCUAUAUUUUGACUUGGGAACUUUAUACUCAUCAUUUGCCGAUGCUUACUAUACGUGGAUAUUUGCCGGCAUUGCUCCGGAUCAAGCAAAACAAGAUAAGAUUAACAACGCGUUGUCCUUCUUGGAUAAAUUCCUAGAAGGUGAAAACUACGCAGCAGGGAAAACUUUAACUCUCGCUGAUCUUACUUUAGUUGUUACCGUUGCCAACUUUAAGCUUGUAAACCAUGAUUUGAGUAAGUAUGGUAACAUUUUGAAGUGGUUUGCCAGGAUUCAGGCCGAAGCUCCUAAAUAUAACGAGAUCGAAGGCGAAGGCAUGAAAACAUUUAAAAAAUUUAUCGAUGAUAUUAGAAAGAAGAAAUAAUUUUUUGACACUGAUUUAAUGCUUGCACAAUGCAAACAUUGUAUAGUACUUUACUAUCUUUAUUAAUUUUUAUUGAUUUAUGUAUUUUUA